AUGACCAUGAAUAAAUCGAGCUUUACGAGUGCAAAACACUGGAUCCAGGAGAUUUCUUUGGAAAGCCUACCAUCAGAAAUACUGCUCCAAAUUCUUUCAUACCUCGACAUACCCGAUCUUCUUUCGCUAUCAAGGACAAUGCACUUACUUCGAAGCCUCACACACGACCCUCUUCUCCACUCGCACCGCCUACAACGCGCUUCCCUCAACCUGUCUCGAGCUAUUCCGACUCGUCCUCCCCUCACCGAACUUAUGGCACGUCGUGUCUACAUCACUCGAAAUACUCGAGCAGCGCUAAGUUUAGGACGAAAAUUUAUAAUGAUUAAGCUCAACCGCCAACUCGGCCGUCGUCCUAAUAUAGAGCGUCUGGUCGAACUAGGUGUUAUGCCAGAGGAAUUUCUCGAAGCUUGGACCAGUGGAGACAAUAAGAUACAGGGAAGAAUUUUGAUGAAAAAGAUACGGGAAAAAGAACGUGUGAAGUGUUUCCUACGGGAAUGGAUUGCCGAGCUUGGUCGCAAGGUCUUGAAUGAUGAAAAUGGAGAUAAAAAUAUGAAAUCAUCGACAAAUGAUAGUGCAGGCUGA